UUGAACACACACCCACAUACACUCUCUGUCUCUCUGGUCUAUAUAUGUAUAACUUCCAAGGAUAGAAACGCAAGGAAGGAAUAAGAUUGGAGGACUAAUUCGCGGUUACUGUUCACGGAGGCGGCUUUGAGGCUUUGACUACUAAAACUCUUAUAUUCAGUUAUUCACUAUAAAUAAGAUUGCCUACUCUUCCACCUUGCUUCCUCCAUUACCCUUCUUCCAUUCUCUCUUUCUUUCUCUCUCUCUCUCUCUGUAUAGCUCUUGUAUUUGUAGUCGUUUCUGGUUUCUCAGCUUCCUCUUCGUUGUUUUAAGCUUUUUUGGGUUGGGUAGUUGUGAGGGAAAUGGAAGUUGCAGAGGAAGUCAUGGGGUCUAAUGAGCACACCCAUAUUGUCAAGGGCAAGCGAACCAAGCGCCAGCGGCCUCCGUCCCCGUUUGCAGCCGUUGCCAUGACUACUAGCUCUUCGAGCGGAGGAGGAGGAGAAGAAGAAGAAGAAGAAAGUGGGGGUAGUGGUGGAGAUGAGGUUGGCUUCCCGUCGCCGACUACCUCGGUGGAAUUCGCAGCUGAGAGCACCGAGGAAGAAGAGGACAUGGCCAAUUGUCUGAUUCUCCUAGCCCAAGGACAUGGCCGGGACAGUCCUAGGCGAAUUGAGGAAGGUGGGGCGAUGGAGAGGGCCAGUAGCCGAAGAUUUGCCGAGGCGGCCACGACCACCACCGCCAAGGCAGGAUUCUACGUCUACGAGUGCAAGACAUGUAACCGCUGUUUCCCAUCGUUCCAGGCGCUAGGUGGGCACAGGGCAAGCCACAAGAAGCCUAAGGCCAUGGCGGAAGACAAGAAAUCCUUGAUGGCCUUGUCCCCAGAAGAAGACGAACCUCAAUUCACCCAUAACAGCAUCCCAUCGUCCCUUCUUCCUCUCCAAAUAGGCAACAGAGUUGUAUAUAAUAGCACCACCACCACCACCAAGUCCAGGGUCCACGAGUGCUCCAUAUGUGGCUCAGAAUUCUCGUCCGGCCAGGCCUUAGGAGGCCACAUGAGGCGACACAGAAGCGCUCCGACAACCACAAUCAGCCCAACUCCGGACUCCCCAGAUGCCGCCAAGAAGCCAAGAACCGUUUUGUCAUUGGAUCUCAACCUCCCGGCGCCAACAGAAGAUGACCACCGGGAACCCAAAUUCCCCUUCGCCUCCAAGCAACAACCUUCACUCAUCUUCUCCGCCUCGGCCUUAGUGGAUUGUCAUUAUUAGCAAGGAAGAAAGCAAUUAAGGUCGGCCCAAACACGUACAAGCACGCACGGCCUCUCCCUUGUUCUUCCAUCAAUAGAUCGAUUCCAAUGCGAACUAUUUGAUCAUGACGACAUGAUUCUGAUUCUUGUCGCUCUUAUUACUAUUCAUAAUUAUUCAAAAUUCAUAUUACCGAUUCUUUGGAUUCUUUUAAUCUGUAAUUUUGAUCGUCCAGUUUGAAUUCUUUGGGUAAACAAGCAAUUCAAGCAAGUGGUUCGUGCACAGUUCAUGGUGGCCUUUCAUUCA